CAUAGCAGAUGUAAGACUAAACUCUGCAGAAUUUAAUAGCAAAAACAGUCACAGCUUGGGAAGGGCUCUGGAAUUAUUUGCAUCAGCUUAAGAAGAUUUAACAACUUUGAGUUCUGUCCAGAAGUUAAAGCUUCCAAAAUGAAAAUUUUGAUAAUGAUUGAUUUUGCCCUUGCAGCUAGCUUGAUGGAUGUCAUUGUCAGCUCUGAUUUACAGAAAUGUUUUCAAGAGCAGUUACUACUUCAGGGCCAGGUGAGGCUUCUGGAACAUCGUGUGAAACAGCAGCAGUUAAAAAUUAUACAGCUCUUAGAGAAGAAAGAGAUUCAGUACAGUGACAGAGAAGAUGAAAACAGUGUCAUUGACUUGGGAGGAAAAAGACAGUAUUCAGAUUGUGCAGACAUCUACAAUGAAGGCCAUAAGCAAAAUGGAUUUUAUAAAAUAAAACCUAUCCAGAGUCCUAGAGAAUUCCUUGCAUUCUGUGACAUGUCUGAAGGAGGUGGCUGGACUGUGUUUCAGAGACGUUCUGAUGGCAGCCAGAAUUUUGAUAGAGUCUGGGCUGACUAUGAAGAAGGUUUUGGAAAUUUUGUUUUGAAAAAUGGUGAAUUUUGGCUUGGAAAUAAAAAUCUUCAUUAUUUGACUAAUCAAGGGAAUUAUACUUUAAGAAUUGAUCUAAUUGAUUUUGAAGGAGAACGGCGUUUUGCACAGUAUGCACGAUUCAGAGUUGCAGGAGAAGAGCAUUCUUAUGAGAUGAGUUGUGGUGAGUACUCUGGUACAGCUGGUGAUUCCCUUACUGGUGGAUUUCAUCCUGAAGUAAAAUGGUGGGCUGAUCAUCGAGGAAUGAAAUUCAGUACUAGAGACAGGGAUAAUGACAACUAUGAAGGGAACUGUGCUGAAGAGGAAAAGGCUGGCUGGUGGUUUAACAGGUGUCACUCUGCCAACCUGAAUGGUUUGUACUACAAAGGUCCCUACACUGCCAAGACAGACAACGGGAUUGUUUGGUACACCUGGCAUGGGUGGUGGUAUUCCCUAAAAUCCGUUGUCAUGAAGGUCAGACCUGCAGACUUUGAAUAUAAUAUUGUUUAAAUAUACUAUUAACGCAAUUAAUCUGAUUAAUCUUCUAGGAAAUUCAUUCCAAAUUAAAAUGGGCAGAUUUUUACUUCUCAAUCUAUACAUGUGUAAAUUUGGAAUAAUUCCUGUGCAAUCAGUAGGUUUAUGAGAUGUAAGUGAAAAGACAAGAUAGCCUAUGAACCUUUAGAUACAAAUAUUAAUGCUAAUGGGUGCAGGUUUUUUUUAAAAAGGCAAGUGUUCACCUCAAAAAAAGGACAUCUUUUAAGAUGGAGAAUUUUUGGCUUUACAGUAACUCCAAAUCCUUUCACCCUUAAAAACGAAAGUAUUUUUACUGUGCUGUCUCAAAAAUACGAAUUAAUUGUACUUACACAAUAAAAAAAAAAGCCCAACUCAAAUAGAAGCAUAUGGUUUACUCAGUGGAUGCAACAUACCUGCUUUGGAAAGGUUCAAGACCUUAGAAAUUAAUUUCCUGUAAAUCUCUCUGAUGUAUUGGUUGAACACGUUGUGUAUGUAGAAUACAUAAAAGAUUUAAAGACUGAGGCAGGGAACCGAAGAAAGAGAAGGGGUGAUGCCAGAGUACAAUCAAUUGAAUCCAAUAUAGAGAAGAAGACUGUUUUUUGCUAAAGCAUUUCUAGGGCUGGUCACAAUAUUUCAAUGUAACAUUUUUAGAUUGUUUGUAAUUAUGCUUUUCUCCUUCUUGGUCACUGUAAUGCCUUGCUUUUUCUUUCUUUUUUUUUUUUUUUUUGUUCCCUUUUUAUUUUUUUUUAAAAAAAGGACUUUAAUAAACUGACAUUUGGAGAUUUAACAAAAGUUGCAAUUAAUUUUAAUGUAAGCUAAGUUUUGAACAGAAGGCAUAUGUAGAGGGAAGUAUACUUUAUCUGCCUCAAAAUCUAUCAUUUUAGAGGUUCUUAGUGCUUGAUACUAUAAAUCUCAACUUUCUUUUUGGACUUUACAACUCUCUAAGUCCUGUUCAGUCACUUCCUCUCCUUUUCCUAUGUACUUGUGUAGGCUCUCCAGGCUUUUUUCCAUCUCAAGCUGCAUAUCCAUAUUUUCCUUGUACAAGAAUAAUGGUAAGAGAGACUUUGCCUACCCCUAGCUUUUGUGCUUAGCACAAUAGACUCAAAUAGCCAGUAAUAACAAGAGUUGCUAAUGAGUUCAUGCUGCCAUGGAGGAGAUAGGAAUACUCUCUAGAAAGGUAUCCAAUCAAAUGUAGUACAUUUCUGCUGGGCAGAUGCAAAUGAAGACUUCAAAAAAAAUAUGGACUUAAACUUGCUUUUCUGAAAUAAUUUUGCUUUUGUAGUUGAACUUCUAGUCUCUCUUCCCCUGUCCAAAUAUAAUUUUGAACACAGCACCCACUUUCAAUCAUGCUUAACCUGGUUGAAAUGAAGUUUUGGUAAAGGUCAGUUUAUAACCACAUUGCUAUAAAUACAGGUCAGCUGAAUGGUAACUCUCUGCAAAGCAACUUUUUCUUCCAUUUUCAUCCUCCCAAAACAAAAGCUUGUAAAGAAUGCUUGAAAGAAUAGGAUGGAAUAAGGGAGGGAGGAUGUUUGGAACAAUUGGAGGGAGGAAAUAAUUCAUCAAUCAACACUCAAUAAGAAAUAAUAUCACUCAAUAAGAUAAAUCAUGUUACACCUAAACCAAAAAAGAGGAGAAAAAACAGGGUUCAGGCAGCUAAAAUCAUGUAAUAGUGUAAAAACUGUGCCAGUGAAAAUCUGCAGUAUAGAUGCUUUCAGGUCUUUUUCUUUCUUUUUUGUGGUAGUAGCGAGUAUUCUAGAUAAUCCAGUCUUUUUUUUGAUGUAUCAAUUGACACUGUGCUAAAGAUUUCUGGCCUUCAGCACAUCCCUGUACCUGUGCAUGAGAGGACCAAUGAACAGGUCUACAACUACUUAUUUUGAACUUUAAUUAGUUACACCAAAUUACAUUUGGUAUUCGAGAGGAAGGCCUAUCACCCUGUGUGUGUGUGUGUAAGGAGGGUAAAGGAGGGAAGGAAAGAGAGAGAGUGAGAGAAAUUCAACAUUAAAACAAAAAACCUAAUAAAGUAUUUUUGUUCAAUUUUAUUACAGAACUUAAAUGGGUUCCUAUGUAAUUAUGUAUAUGUCUGUAGAUAUAAGUUAUUAAUAAUAUGAUGGAUGUUUUGGAGUAGGUUAUAAAAAUGUUCUAACUACAGUAUUUCCCAUAAUGAUUUUCAAAUUCUUUCUCCACUCUAAGAGGAGAAAGCUUUAAUUAUUUGGAAAAAAAACCCCAGAAUGCCAUUAUGUAGAAUCUGUAAAAACAUCUUUAGUUUUUCACAGGAAAAUGGAAAGAUUAGCUCAUGAAUUUGGAGAGUAUCAAGGCAGAUCAUAUUCCACCAAAAUAAAACACAAGGAGGAUUUAUGUAUAGGAAAUUUGGAUCUUUAGCACACACACAAAAACUGACUUUCAAAAUGUGCUCAUAAAAUCUAUGGUAAUUUUUUUUUAUGUACUGCAGUGUAAAUCCAACCUCUUUAUUUAUAAGAACCAAAUGAAAUCUUUUGGCUGAGUUAGGGUGCUUUUGACAUAUUCUGAUAUAAAUUUCACUCCUUUUCUAUACUGUAAAUCAUAAAAUGAAGAAGAAUCAAGUCUAUCUUUGUACAUCUUCUAAUGCACUUAUAUGUUUAUUUGGACUGAAUGCUAUUCAGAACAAGGAAGCAUCAAGCAUACUGUCAACAAUAUGCAAAUACUGUAAUUCAGUUCCACCACUUUUCCAUGGCCUUU